AUGGGUCAAGCAAAUACCAAAUUGUCAAAAGAGGAAUUAGAUCAAUUGAUGAAGACCACCAAAUACAGCAAGGAUGAUAUCGAAAUUUUGACUCGUGACUUCAAGGAGUACAGUGGUGCUGACAAGAAGAUCGGUUUCUCAGAGGAAGAGUUUCUUAAAUUCUUCAAGACUCGUUUCCAAGACUGGAGUACUGAAGACAUGAAGAAAAUGUUCAAAGUUUUCGAUACUGAUAAAAACGGAACAGUUGAUUUUAAAGAGUUUACCACUGCCCUUUAUUUAAUGACCAAGGCACCUGUAGAAGAAAGAAUGGCUGUUUUGUUUGAUAUUUUUGACGACGACAAGAGUGGAACCUUGUCAUCACAAGAAGUUGAAAAAAUGAUCCAUGUCGCUGUCAAUUGUGGAACCGCUUUGGGAUGUGGAGGUGUAGAAUCUUUUGAAUAUUGCUUCGAUUUAUUCAAACAGGGACUCACUGUAAAUGGUUUGACAAAAGCUCAAUUUGUUAAAAUUGGAGGUGGAUCAACCAGAUUCACCAGAAUGAUUUGUUUCUAUGACUCUGCAAAUGGAUUAUUAUAUUAA